AUGAUAUUCUCUUGGCUGUCCGGCCAUAACUCUCUUUUACUUAUAGUGUCGCUCUUCUUGGUCUGGUGUUCUCCGUCUUCAGCAGCGUUCAGCAUGCUACGCAACACCAAUGUAUGUCGUGAAUCCAACCUGCCGCCUUUAUACUGGGGCCAAGAUUCGUACGGCGCGAAUAAUCCUUCGGAUACCACCAACUGGCAACAACCGAUAUCGUAUUACUGUAACGACGACGCCAUUGAUACGUUUCCCGUUGCCUUCUUGGACCAGUUCUUCACUACAGGAGGUCUUCCCUCCAUCAAUCUAGCCAACUCAUGCACCAAUCCUCCCUUCUCUGGUACAUCGAUGCCCAAUUGCACCUUUUUAGGCCCCGACAUCGAGGCCUGCCAGGCAGCCGGAAAGAUCGUCACGAUCUCGUUGGGCGGAGCAACCGGUUCAGCUGGGUUUUCAAACGACUCGCAAGCACAGGCUUUUGCGCAGACGAUUUGGGAUCUCUUUCUCGAGGGCAGUAGCCCCGACCGUCCGUUUGGUUCUGCCGUGUUGGAUGGCAAAAUCCGGGCAACGCUGAUGUGUCAAAUAGCUCCACAGUGUCCCUACCCAGACGCCUAUAUUGGCACAACACUGAAUGCUGUCGGAUUCGAUGCCGUCUACGUCCAAUUCUAUAAUAACUACUGCGGUCUCAACAACUAUAACAAUGUGAAUGCAUGGGAUUUUGGUACAUGGGACAACUGGGCAAAAACAGUCUCUCCAAAUCCCAACAUCAAAGUCUACAUCGGUGCACCUGCAUCCCCGUCUGCAGCUGGGUCCGGAUACAUUAAUGCAUCGACGUUUGCGACAAUCAUUCAGCAGACGCAGAGCCAAUACUCGUCGUUUGGAGGUGUGAUGCUGUGGGAUGCAUCGCAAGCCUAUGGUGCGUGUUUCUUCUUGAAGGUGAUGGUAGUGAGUGGUUUGGCAAAUUCGAGGUAUGAUCGAGCUGUGAAGAGUGCGUUGACGGCUGGUGGGACUGUGGUUGCAACGUCAGCUGGUACUUCUACUGCGGCGACAACUACUACUAGUACGGCGACUACCGUGGCCACUACAGCGGCGAGUGCCACGGCAACCGCGACUGGUACAAGUUGCUCUGGUGUAUCCGCAUGGUCGAGUGCGAUAGCAUACGUUGGCGGAGACCAAGUGACUUACAACGGUCAACUUUGGACAGCAAAAUGGUGGACGUACGAUGAUGUACCCGGAGGCGAGUCCAAAGGCCACAUUUCAUGGACACGUUACUAA